CAGGACGAGGAGGUGGACGGGCAAAGAGAAACACAGAGACAUAGACGAGGAUUGCAUAACGCGCUCGAUAUAGGAAAUGCGAUGAUGGAAGCUGAUGAUGUGCAGAUGCUGGAAUGGUUCUUGGAUGUUGAGGGUUCUACCGGUGGACUGUAGAUGAGGUUGUCAGAGUGUGAUGGUUUAGCUCAUGGAUUCCCUUUUGUAGAUUUUUGGAGAAGAUCCGUGGACUGCGUGUGACGAAAUUGGGCACAAGGGAUGCAGGAGAGGCAAUGGGGAUGGGGGAAAUUCUAGCAUGAGUUCUGGCCGAUUGUGAGCAGAUGGUGGCAUCCGUGGAGGCCCGUCAGCGGCUAGCGCCCUCACCCUACCGGAGGAAAUUAAUUUUGGAAGUGCAGAAGAAGCUUCAAAAGGCACUUGAUUCUCCUAUUCAGCGAGUGGAUCUCUUGCGUCAGCUCUUUACUGACAUCGCUUUGGAGGUGGAUUCCAGAGCAAGAGCGAGGCUCUAUGGGCUAGAUGAGAAUAGUGAAAGUUACAUCAGCCCCGAGUCAAAUCACGUAGUGAGACCUCUUUGCUUUUACGAAGUUCUGGCUGAGCACUACGCUCAAGUACCUGAAGAUGGCAAGGAGGUGCUCGAGCUGUUUCUGCAGCUGUGGAGCCAAUCUUUCGCAUCUCAAAUUUUUACUCUUCUCUUUUACCAGUGGCUCUUUGAGGUACCAACUGCAGAAUCAGAUAAAUACUUACGGUACUCCACAGCUUUUGUAGAGGGAGCGAGUAAUAUAUACUGGAUUGAUCUGCAAAGUAAUGAACAACGCUUCUUCUCUCUUUAUCAUUACACCUUAGAAGAGGUGGUCAUGAAGCAAAAACCAAAUGGAAAAGUUUCUAACCAGGCACAGCGUGACCUCAUUCUUAUGAUGUCAAGGUUCUUUUUCUUCUAUGAACCUGCCGCGCAGCUGGAUAAGUUGCUUGCUCAGUUCCCCACUUACCAUACCAGUCUGGGACCAUCCGAUCUAUUCGUGAUCGAGCUGACCGACCAGCUGCAAAGGGUGAAGGUGGAGCCAGUGCUAAUCAAAUAUCUUGAAUGUGCAAAAGUUCUGAAAGGUGUGGAACUGAGCGUUGCUACCAGCACACGUUUGAAGACUGCCCUAUAUAGCUUCACUUCUCCUGGGGGACCCUUGUAUCCAACAAGGCCUGUCAGGCAUGCCGCUUGGGAAACCUUAGAUUAUCUCUUUCCGAUUGGUAGGAAGUCGCGACACCUAAUUAGUCUGGGAUUUCGUUUGUUACAUCCUUACUACUGGCCGAUGUCGUUCUUGCACUUUGUGGUAAACACCAUUUUAUCCUCUUUGCGGAAGGUGUAUGCGAUCCUGCUAAGCAUCUGGCACUUGAUAUUCAAUCCCCGCCAUGUGCGGCAUUAGGACUGGUAGGAGGGAAUUUCCUAGUAGCUUUCCAUCUUUCGUUUCGUCUUUCCUAUGGGGUUAAUAAGUCCAUGUUUUAUUCCUUGCAAAUUUACCUCAACUCGCGUGGGUCUCCUUAGCACUUAAUAGUUGAUGAAACUUACAUUUUUCAUAAAGUUUUCCCGAAUUGUCAAGCGAAAACAUGUAGACAUCAGUUCUUGCAACCGAUCAAAGUCUCAAUGCUCGAUUUCGCUCCACAAUGCAAGAGUUUGGUGUACUUCCUGGCCAUUCCGCUUGCAGUACCAUAGGUUCUGCUCGAAAUGGUUGGGAGCCUCAAUUGUUCGAACAGUGCCAGUCAGUAGUUUUGCUUUGUCGAUGGACACUAAAAUUUGUGGUUCCUGCUUUUUGGAAGAGAAUCAAAUCGUCGCCGCUACGUGAGUUCAUGGU